AAGUACUCAAAGUUUUUUUUUGUUUUGUUUCCCCUGGGGAAUGUUGAAAAAACAAGCAAUAAUUAAUUGAUUAUGACCACAGUGUUAAAUAACCAUAGUGAUGAUAAACAACAAGAAAAAUUAGAAAAAUGUAAAAAAUUAUUAUCAUUACGUUCAGCACCGUUAGCAUCGUUUGAAGAUUUACCAACCGAUGAACAGAAUAGUUCUACUUCCCAUUCAUCAGAUGAUGAUGAUAAUGAAGAAAAACAUCAACAACAACAACGACCAGAAUCAUCAUCAUCCGGACAGCAAACAUUACAAUCUUCAUCACAGAUAACCGUAUUGAUAACCGAUCAUGAUGAUGAUGGUAGUGGUGGUGAUCGAAUUCAUUCAGCAGCAGCAUCCAUUAUCAAUGAUGAUGGUGCAAGUUCACUUAGUCCAAAAUUGCCUAAAGCCAACCAACGUAAAGGAUCAUGGACGGAUAUUUUUUUCGGUAGAAAAUCACCAACAAUUAUUCCAACAAAAGAAAGAAAAUUUAGUUUAUUAUCAUUUAAAUUUUCAUUUAAAGAUGAUAAUAAACAACAACAACAGUGUGAAUUAACACCAAUGACUGUGAUUGAUUCAAGAAGAAAAACACCAUCACCACCUGUUAUAAUUGAUUGUGGCAUACAAUUAACACCAACCAAUCAUUCAAAUAUUGAUGAUUUAUUUUCAAUAACAACAACAACUUCAAAUAAUACAAUUGUUUAUAUUCAUGAAAAUCCAGAAGGAUCUACUUCAAUUCCAGAAUCCAAAACAGAGCUUCCAAUCACCAAACAACAACCAUCACAGGAAAGUGAUUGUGAUUCUUUAUGUUCAUUAUGUCAACACAAUGAUGAUAAACUACCACCAUUCUGCCAUGAAACGAAUACUACAGAUGACCAAACCGAAUGUUCAGAAUGUGAAAUUUGUUGCGAAAAUGAUCAUGUCGCUAACAACAAUAAUAAUGAAUCAACCGAUAUGGAUAUGAUUGCCGAUUAUGAAGAUAAUAAUGAUGAUGAUGAUAAACAAAUCAAUAAUAACGAUAAUCAUUUGAAAUUAGAAUCAAGUUAUGAUAGUUAUGAGCUUGAAAUGCUUGUAAAAAAUGAUGAACUUGAUUUAAAUAGAAAAUUUCAUCAUUCAAAUGAUGAUUAUAAAAUUGAAGGAUUUAAUGAUACUAGCCACAACAACAGACGUCCAUCAUUUGGAAAAAAUUUGGAAGAAAAUUUUCAAAGUAAAAAUUUACCAACACUAUCGAUUGAAAGACCACAUAGUAUUGUACCUGUAACAAAUAUUGAAAAAUUUGAAGCUUAUUUGGAUAAAUUUUCCAUUAAAAAUAAUAAUGAAAUUGAAAUGAAAACCGAUGAUUCAUCGAAAUUAAAAAUAAUUUUACCAGUAGACAUUACAAAAUCUUCCAGAUACAGCCGUAAAAGUAAUCCAUUUAUAUGGCUACAAUUUUGUGAACAAGGAUUGAAAAGUCCAAAAAUUCUGCGUAAACGUGCUAAAAGUUGUUUUCCUAGCCUAACUCCACAACAAUUUUUCUUCAAUUCUUUUACGGAUCUAACGAAUAAUGAUAAUGAUGAUGAUCUUAAAGCAUCAUCACCCGGAAAUUUAACACCAAUAACUCCAUUGAAAAAUUUAGAUAUGGUUGAUGGUGAUGAUAUAUUUCGUAAUGAUCAUUUCGAACCGAAAAUUAAUUUCAAAAAAUCAAAGAUGAAAAAUCAAUCAAUGAAUAGUGAAUGUACUUGCAGUUGUGCAACAACAACAACAACAACUACACCGUUAACUAGUCCGACAAUUACAAUGACAACCAACAAUCUUGUAUCAUUGACAACAGCAACAACAAUCGAUAGUGAAACGAAUAUUUGUCUCGAGAUGACCAGCGAAGAUGAAUCAAUGAUCGAACAAAGUGAUCGAUCGAAGAAAAAUUCAACAAUGGUAGAAUUGAUUGGUGAAGAUCAACCAUUAUUAGUUUCUCCAUGUGAUUGUAUCUGUCAUCAUCAUCAGAUCAUAUCAUCAUCAACGACAAAAAAAGAAUUCGCAACCAAAAUAAAAAUACAGGAUAAAAAGAAAAAUGUCGAAAGUAAAAAUGUUGAAAAACAAAUGACAAGUGAUGAAAUUACUUCGUCCGAUCUUUGUCUGAUCUCAUCAUCAUCAUCAACAACCUUAUCAUCAUCAACAACAUCAUCGUCUUCGUCAUCAUCCUCGCCAUCAUCUUCAGUAUCAUCACCAUCAUCAUCUAUAUCACCUUCAUCAUCAUCUACAUGA